UGUGGCUGCACCUUAAGAAGACGGAUUAAACCACUGGAGUCUUAUGGAUUACUUUUUUGCUGCCUUUAUGUGAUUUUUGGAGCUUCAACGAUCUGGUCACCAUUCACUUGCACUGAGAUAUUCUUCUAAAAGUCUUCGUUUGUGUUCAGCAAAAGAAAGCAAGUCAUACACAUCUGGGAUGCCAUAAGAGUAUGAAGAGGCUUUAAACAAAACAGUCUAUGGUGAAAGAUAAAGCAUGAUCAGACUGACGUGCAGCAUGGCUAAGCGUGUUGCUGUGAUUGGAGCUGGGAGCUCUGGACUGGUUUCCAUCAAAUGCUGCUUGGAUGAAGGAUUGGAGCCAAUGUGUUUUGAGAGCAGUGAUGACAUUGGAGGACUUUGGUAUUUUAAGGAAAAACCAGAGACAGAGCGUUCCAGCAUUUAUCGUUCACUCACAGUGAAUACUUCAAAAGAGAUGAUGUGCUACAGUGAUUUUCCUGUGCCAGAUCAUUACCCAAACUACAUGCACAACUCCCUGGUCCUGCAGUACUUAAAACUCUACGCCGAGCACUUUAACCUGUUCAAAUACAUUCACUUCCAGACCACAGUCUGCAGUGUGAGGCAGAGGCCUGAUUUCUCUGACUCUGGUCAGUGGGUGGUGGUGACCGCACACAGAAAUGGACGAGAGGAGACGCAUGUUUUUGAUGGUGUGCUCGUGUGUGCAGGGCUCUUCACACAACCCAUCACCCCACUCUCAGCCUUCCCAGGUAUUGAUACAUUCCCAGGGACAUUUGUCCACAGUUGGGAAUACAAGGACCCUGAUCCUUACCGUGGGAAGAGAGUUGUGAUAAUUGGGAUUGGGAAUUCUGGAGGGGACAUUGCAGUGGAGCUCAGCAGAAUGUGUGAGAAGACAUUCCUGAGUACCCGUAAAGGUGCCUGGGUCAUGGGUCGCAUGUCCAGUAGAGGACUCCCUCUGGAUAUGAUCAUGAUCAGACGAAUAUGGGACCUGAUAUCUCGCCUCCUGCCUCGAGGUCUGCUCAACUGGAUCGGGGAAAGAGGCCUUAAUCAGAAAUAUGACCAUAAACUGUAUGGACUAAAGUCUAAGCUCAGAAUGUUUGAUGACCGUCCUGUUGUCAAUGAUGACCUCCCAGGUUGUAUUCUUGUAGGAGGACUGGUGAUGAAAUCAAAUGUGCAAAAGUUCCAAGGCUCAACGGUUGUAUUCGAUGAUGGGACUGCUGAGAAGAUUGAUGCUGUGAUCUUCUGCACUGGAUAUAAUUAUACAUUCCCUUUUCUUCCUGCCACCUUAUACUCUGGUCCUGAUGGGAAACUUCCCCUCUAUAAAAGAGUCUUUCCCCCAUCUUUAGAGUGCCCAACACUGGCCAUCAUGGGCCUGUUCCAGACCAAAGGGCCAAUCAUGCCAGCUGUAGAACUGCAGGCACGCUGGGCCACCAGGGUCAUCGCAGGGCUAAACCAUCUUCCUCCAGCAGAAAAAAUGUACAAAAUCAUUGGGCAAGUGAGCAGAGCAAAUUUGAAGAAACACCACUGUCCCAACCAGGCUGACCUUCAAGUGGAAUUUAUUCCUUAUCUAGACAGCAUAGCAAAGGAAGUGGGUGUCCGUCCCAACAUUCCUUGGCUGCUCCUGAGAGAAACUGCUGUUGGUUUAAGGGUUUUGUUUGGUCCAUGCACACCCUACCAGUUUCGGUUAAGCGGACCAGGGCAGUGGAAGGGUGCUCGUCAGGCUAUCCUUACCCAAUGGGAGCGUGUGGCUAAACCAAUGAAGACCCGCCCCAUUCCAGAAUCACCAUUCAAUUUGCUAUAUUGGCUGUGCCUGUCAGGAGGGGCUGCAGUGAUUUUUGCCAUUAUGGCAAUGCAAAAGAAUAUUCCUCCCUCUUUUAGAUCCCAUUGAUAGCUGCUCUAGGACUGAAGGAAGAGUUUAAGACUUUGUGUUAGACAAAUGUAUUAAAGGAAUAGUUCACCCCAAAAUGUAAAUUCUCUAAUUUAUUCACUUUCAUGCCAUCCCAGAUGUGUAUGACUUUCUUUUUUCUGCUGUACACAAAGAUUAUAGAAGAAUAUCAGUAAAUGCAAGUGAAUAGGUGCCUGUAUUUUGAAGCUCCAAAAGCAGAUUGAGGCAGCAUAAAAGUAAUCCAUACGACUCCUGUGGUUAAAUCCACGUCUUUUGAAGCGAUCUGAUAAGUGUGGGUUAGAAACGGAUCAAUAUUGAAGUCCUUUUUUACUAUCAAUCUCCACUUUCACAUUCUUCUGUUUCUGGCGAUUAACAUUCUUCAUGCAUAUCGCCACCUACUGGGCAGGAGGAGAAUUUAUUGUUUAAAAGGGCUUAAAUGUUGCACUGUUUCUCACACACAUUUAUCAUAUGGCUUCUAAAGAUAUAGAUUUGACCACUGGAGACUUAUGGAUUUCUUAUGCUGCCUUUAUUUGCUUUUUGGAGCUUCAGAAUUUUGGUAUACAUUCACUUUCAUUGUAUCGAUCAACAGAGCUGAAAUAUUCUUCUUAAUCUUUUGUGUUCAGCAGAAGAAAGUCACACAUCUGGGAAGGCAUAAGGAUGAGUAAAUUGAGGUUUUUCAUUUCUGGGUGAACUAUCCCUUUAAAAGGUAUAUGUGAUUUUAGACUUUGUGUAUUCUCACAGCUAUGUUUUGCAUAUGUACUUGUUUAAUCUAAUUCUUUACAUUUCAAUGACUAUAUUUAUAACUUUUUAAUUUUGUGAGAAUAAAA